AUGUUCAUUCAAGGAACUACAUUUGCACUAUCAUUUAUUCGUGACUUACAUAAUUUAACUGUUAUUUAUAAACCAAAUGCAUUUAUUUAUCAUGUUUGUCAAACAUCACAUCAUAUAAAUUUUAAACGUAUACGUUGGCAUUAUGAAGCAUUGUAUGAUUCAAGCAACGACACCGAUACAUACUGUAAACGUCUAUUUAAUAAUUCCGAUUGUUUCGAUUUCUAUUAUGGUACAUCGACAAGCGUGCUCGUUAUUAAAGAGCCUGAUAUGUAUAUUGGAAAAUAUUCAUGUCAUGUAAAUAUAAAUUCAACAUAUGAGCUAACAUCGUCAGGUUAUAUUGAUGUUAAAUUACCAACAAAUGAUAUCGAUGAUAAUGACGAAUCGAUGGGUUUGUACAAUGAAAAAGAAUUAGGUAAAUUAGCAAUAAAACAUAAUGUACCAUUUAUUCUCGAUGAAAAUGAUGUAACAUCAUUUGGUAAACGAAUACAAAUAGGUGGCUCGUUUUUUACGAAAUGUCAAUCUGUACAAAGUUCAUAUCCAAUUCAUUUUCUAUGGAUACAUUUAAAAAACAUAUCAGAUACAGAACAAUCCGAAAAAAUAAAAACAAUUCGUUUUAUUGACAUUAAUGAUACUCGAAUAAAAGUAGAAGAAACAAAAUAUUCAAGUACGUAA